AUGAGCCCAACCAGUGCUAAGCCCAAGGUCCUCCUCCUUGGAAGUAUUAGCCAUGCUUCAACAGCCUGGAGCGCAUUGGGUGAACUAGCAGAGCUAAUCGAGCCAACAGCAACCAACCGAGCGGAGUUCAUCCAAGAAUGCAAAGACGGAAAACUAGACGGUGUUGUCGCGAUCUAUCGGACAAUCUUCUCUACAAGCAUUACAGGGCUUGUUGAUGAAGAACUUGUGAAUAUAAUGCCAAGCUCGCUCAAAUAUAUUGCGCACUGUGGAGCGGGAUAUGACCAGAUCGAUGUCCAUGCAUGCAGCGCACGCAGCCCUCAAAUCCGGGUUUCCAACGUCCCAACCGCAGUGGAUGAUGCCACCGCCGAUGUAAACAUGUUUUUGAUCCUGGGCGCACUACGCAACUUCAACACGGGUAUGAAUGCUCUUCGCCAGGGCAAAGUCCUUGGCAUUUUGGGAAUGGGUGGCAUUGGACGUAACCUGAAGAAGAAGGCCGAGGCAUUCGGGAUGAAGGUUAUUUAUCACAAUCGCCGCAAAUUGAGCGACGAAUUGUCUGGUGGGGCUGAGUAUGUGCCGUUUAAUGUGCUCUUAUCUACCAGUGACGUGAUCAGUUUGAAUCUGCCAUUGAACAAAAACACACGCCAUAUUAUCAGCAAAGCCGAAUUUGCCAAGAUGAAAGACGGUGUUGUUGUUGUUAACACUGCUCGUGGAGCUGUCAUGGAUGAAGCUGCUCUGGUUGAAUCCCUUGAUAGUGGCAAGGUGUUUUCAGCUGGUCUCGAUGUCUUCGAAGAGGAGCCCACGAUUCAUCCCGGCUUGCUUAGCAACCAGAAUGUGAUGCUGGUGCCUCAUAUGGGUACUUGGACUAGUGAGACUAUCCUCGCUAUGGAAGAGUGGGCUAUUGAAAAUAUCAGCAUGGCUCUUCAGGUUGGAAAGCUGAAGAGCCCGGUUCCAGAACAAGCUGAUCUAUAG